UUUGUGCACAGAGAGAAGAGAGCAGCCGAGAAGAGAAGAGAAGCUGAGAGCCGCUCAGCUCGCCUCACUACGUCCUGUUUGCGUACACAUCGUUGUGUACAAGGCUUUUAAAAUACCAAGUUGAUACCAAGGGACAAGCUGUCAAAAAUGGAUCCAUUUACUGAGAAACUGUUGGAGCGGACCCGGGCUCGCAGAGAAAACCUGCAGAAGAAAAUGGCAGAGAGGCCAAAUGCAGCCAACAGACCGAUGGUGAAAAGGCCCAGAGAGCCACUGGCUGACACCAAUAGUGUGCUCAGUGAGCCAGUCAUUGAUAAAGUUCCACAGGGCUCCACCAAGCCUUCUCCUUCCAAGCGCAGUCGCUCAGGGGAAAAUGUUCAGCCUGCAGCCGGCGAGGAGAACCACGAACCGAUGACAAUGCGACCUGUGGUCCCCACCCUCCCGGAUCCCAUAACGGACAAGAAACCACCCGUUGGCCCCGCCAGCGUCCGCCCUUCCUCAUCCCUGGAGAAGACUGCUGCCCGGCCUGCUGUCCAGUUUCAGCCAGGGCAGCUGAAAGCUGCACAACCACAAACAGAGAGGAUGGCCGUCACCCCUGUCCCUGAUCCUCUGAGCUGCAUAGAAGCAGAAAUGGGUCCUGUCAGUUCAGCUCCGCAGAGGAACAAGGAGGACCUGGUGGAAGAUCCAGCUUCAUCUGCUGCUGGCAUGAAGUCUCGUCUGCAUAGGCUGGCAGAGCAGAGAAAGUGUUGGGAUGGCACUGACACCUCUGACGCAGUUCCAGACUGCACUCCCCUGUCCCUGUUGAAAAGACAAGCUGAGGUCCCACCAGUCACCGUCCCCACCGUGUCCUCAGGAACUCCACUGGGGAGGAGAGGCAGGCUGGCCAACCUCGCUGCCACCAUUGGAACCUGGGAGGACGACCUGAGCCAUGCAAGCAUUCCCACUAGGGAUGAAAAAGAGAAGCCUAGUGCAGCUGCUCUCAAGUUCGCAGCCAGAGAUGCCAUGGUGGCUACCAGCACUAAACAAAGUGCUGCAGGCCACGUGGUGGCCAGUUCUACUGCAAGCAGCAAAACCACCUCCAGCUCUAAUCAGCAGGCUUCUUAUUCUCCGGUGAAGUCUAGCAGAGUGGUUUUCCCAAGCCCCCAGAAGGCUGACACUCCUGCCGCCAGGCCAGCACUUCAGUCAGUAACCAGUCCCCAGAAGAGCUCCGCCCAGGGAACAGCCUUCCCAUCCAGUCCCCAGAAAGCCGGCCCCUCCUCCUCAACAUCCGUGCCUCAAAGUCCCGUGAAGAAUCAGGCCUUCUCCAGGGCUCUCAACCCCACCUCCAGCCCCCAGAAGCCAGAACUCCGUGCCAAGCCCACCACUGCUGGCCCCUCUGUCCCCCAGGAAAAGGCCACCGCCGGAGCACCUGGUGUAAAAUCUUUCCUGGAACGCUUUGGAGAGAGGUGCCAGGAGCGUACCAACCACAGCUCCCCAGCAGGGGGCACUCCCCAUGCCAAAACUCCCACUGUAACUCCAUCAUCAGUCACACCAAACAGCAGACUGGUACAGGAGAGGUUCAGAGCUGCCCAGACUACAAACACGACCACCGCUGAUCUCGCCCAAAGACAGAAGCUGGAGCGAGAGUCUGAGCUGGCUCAGAUUCGCAGUCGCUUUCAGAAGGGGAACAAUAUAUGGAAAAACAAAGAUGAAGCAGCAGAAACCAAUAAAAGCACGGACAUCAAGGAACAGCUUUACAAGCCUGUGGAGGCUGAAGUUGCCCCAUGUGAGCCACAGGACGAACCCACAGCACCGUCCACUGAAAGUCCAUGCACACCCAAAAAGUGCCCUCCUCCAGGUCAUGGGUUGGUGGUCUCGCCUCCAGCCUCAGCAUCCAGUCCUCUGACGGUGGUCGCCCACACCGUGGAGAACACAACCCCAGAAGACGAGGAGGUGGUAAAGGAGAUAGAGAUGAACGUGGACCAGUCCAUCAACUCUGCAGUCAUCAACGAGCUGUUUGACGGAGUCCUGGAGCAGAGUGAUGAUGAGGAAGAGGAAGAUGCUUUGAAUAUCUCCUCCAUGUCCCUCCUUACUCCGCUAGCAGAGACUGUGGCUGCUGUGGUGAAGAGUCCAGAGAGGAAAAUGAUGACAUCAACCCCAGCCAGCUCAUUCAUCGUAAAGAGCAACACUCCAGACAGUGUUUCCAGACCUAGCAAGUUCCAGAGAACUAACAUGAUUCGGACUGCCUCCUCAGACAGCGUUGAGGCCUCAGACGAGGACCACAAAUUGCCAUAUAGCAUUGAUGCAUAUAGGUCCACCAGGGUGAAGGAGACUGAGAGACCCAACGUUAAACAGGUGAUAGUAAGAAAAGAGGAUGUUUCUCAAAGAGCGGAGGAACCCAGAGGAUCCAGUCUCUUCAGCAUCAAACAGAAGAUGAAGAUUCUGGCCAAUGAGCUGAACCUGCAGCAGACUGUUAUUCAUCAGGCCAGCCAGGCACUCAACUGCUGCACAGACGAAGAGCACGGCAAAGGAUCCCAGGUGGAGGCUGAGGCACAGAGGCUGCUGCUGGUGGCCACGGAGAGAAGGGAAGCGUUGAAGGCAGAGCUGGACCGUCUCAAAGGGGACCCAACAGGCCAGAAAAAGGCCCCCGCAGCCCCAGAGCCUUCUAGCAUGUCUGCAUCCAAGGGCUCCAUCACCCUGCAGGAGUUACGCCUGCCUCUCAAGGCAGACUUUGCUUGCUCCACCGCCAACAAGCCAGAGUCCACCAAACAUUCUUUCUUCGUCAUGAUUCGAGCCGGAGCAGAGAACACCGUGGCCACACCGUUAGCCGGCACACACCGCGGCCUCAGUGGGGACACCCUCGCCUUCCCUACCAAAUUCACCAUAUCUGAUGUCUCCAGCAACUUUGAAAUUGAUAUUGAGGUGUACGGCCUGGUGCAGAAGCGUGAGGUCUGCAGUGACAAGAAGAAGAAACCCAGCAAGUCAAAGAUGAUAUGGAGACAGGUUCAUGAGGCCCAUGAUUUGUGUAUGUCGGCCAUCACUCCAAAGAGAUUCCUUGCCAUCACUAAAAGUGUCCAGACACCAGUUGUGGCCAGCCCAGGCGGUCCCAAUGCUGUUCGCACCAGUAACUUCGUCCUGGUCGGAUCACACAAACUCACCCUGUCCUCUAUUGGGAAAAACAAAUUUCCUUUGGAGAAGAUCAAAUAUGAAGGAAGUGAAAGAGAACUACUCAGUGGCAUGUUUCAUACCAAGGUGCCGUUCCUGUGCCCUCUGGAGGGCCACAUCUACCUCAAGAUGCAGUGCGAAGUCGGCUCAAAGGUGGAGGAGAGGGGCUUCCUGACUAUGUUUGAAGACGUAAGUGGAUUUGGAGCCUGGCACAGGAGGUGGUGUGUCUUAUCAGGAUACUGCAUCUCCUACUGGACUUACCCGGACGAUGAGAAGCGCAAGAACCCCAUCAGUCGCAUCAACCUGGCUAACUGCACCAGUAAGAGGGUGGAACCAGCCAACCGAGAGUUCUGUGCCAGACCCAACACAUUUGAGCUCAUCACAGUCAGACCACAAAGAGAGGACGACAAAGAGACACUGGUCAGUCAGUGCCAGAACACCAUGUGUGUCACCAAAAACUGGCUGAGUGCAGACACUAAGGACGAGAGGAAUCUGUGGAUGAAGAAACUGAACCAGAUCCUGGUGGACCUGCGCAUGUGGCAACCAGACGCCUGUUACCGGCCACUGUAAUGACUGCACUCUGUCACAGCCAGCCCUCCUCUCUUGGACUGUCAAUAUCAGUGACACAUGCAAUUACUAAGUGCAAUACAGUAUAAGAAUUGUUUAAUAUUUUUACGUGUGGACGUUUUACAGGAGAUAAGUAAUCAAACACAAGCUCCAGAUCAGAGGAACGUAAAUAAAGCCAUACAUUGAAACAUUUCAGUACAGUAUUUUGGGUAGGAGUCUGGGUUUGGCACUAUAUUUUAUACAUUUCCAGACUGGUUUGAUACCCUUUGAUGUUUUGGGGUAUUGUUGAGUUGCUGAAUUAUUAUGUUGAUGCCAAUAUUGUGUGUCACUGACACAUAUUGCAUGGCUUUAAAUUAUUUGGUUUCGAAGCUGAAAUCAAUAUAAACGGUGUUGAAAUUACAGAUGAAUAUUAAUUUGAAGCACCAGAGUUUUAUCACAUUUUAUCCUGCAUGGCAGCACAGAACUACACUGAUACAUUUGUUGGUUUUUACUUUAUAUAUUAGCUUUUAUAAGUUUUGGCAGGACUUUCUCUUGUUGUUUUCUUCAUUGAUAUGCACAGAGUUUUGAUAUCAGUUAUACAACAGCUUUUAUUCACUUUGUAAUGUCUGUUCAGUGUUUGUGUGAUGUGUUUCAGUGUGGAAGUUUAAGUUUGAUAACUGGGGCUAAGGUCUGUUAUAUAUUCUACACUAUACCGGUAAUAAUAUUUGAGAGUAAAAAAGUCCAACAACCACAUAUUGACCAAUAUAUUUUUUUAUGCAAAUGAAAAAAACAUUUUUAAUAAGGUUCCCAUUUUUAAUAUUCCAGAAUUCAGGCCAGCUGAUGUACAAAUGUACCACUGUACAAUGUAGAACAGUUCAGUGCUCUCUGGUGGACCAACUAUGUAACAGCAACACUAUGUAUGACCUUAAACACGCUUUUGGCUUUCUGUACCACAGACCUUUUUCACAGCUACCAUUUUGACAUGAAAUAGUAGGGUAAACACACGUACAGUAGUAGUACGCUGACUACAUUUGACCUGAAUGAAACAGAACCUCAGUUACUAUCAUUGGUAACACCUAGUUUACCCUACUAUUUCAUGUCAAGGCUGCUAUGAAAAAGGUCUAUUGGAACAUAUGCUGAUACAAAUUUCUCAGCUGGCUUUUACUCCAUGUCAACUGUGUUCUAGCAUCGUAUUAGCUUUUUUUGGUGUUUUUAGCACCAAAAGUUGUUCUUGUAGCCUAGUAUAUUCUUACUGGCUUCAAACUGCUUUGAAAAUAAUGUCAGACUCAUUUCUCCUGUACAUUUUGCCAGAAGUGCCGAUUUAUUAUAUUUUUAGGAUUUUAAGGAGACUUUUAUUUGCAGUUGCUCAUUAAGCAGUAAUAUGUGAAAUAUGUGGUGUUCCUACGUAUUUAGCUUUGGUGUGCUGCCUGUGCAGUGUAUAUAACAGACUGCAUUUUCAUCAUAAUGAAUACAAACUUGCAGAACUAGACAAGAUGUAUUGAUUCUUCACACCUUCUACUUAGAUUUUCAUCCUAAACAAUAUCAGUGAGCAGGAUUCAACAGAUGCCUUUAAUAGGCUUUACCUCUUCAGUGUCAGGUAUUUGUGGAUCAAUGAGACUUCAAUAAAGUCCUGCUUUGACCAAAAUGGGCCAGGUUGCUAACGCUCAAGUCCUUUUUCAUUGUCAUUUUAUUGAAAUGUAACAUUAAAUUGAAUCUACCGCUUUGAAUGGUUUUCCCUGAACCCAACCACAAGGGGCCUUGUUCCAGGAAACACUGUUUGAAGGCGAAAUGGAUCUUGAUGCAUGAGUCGGGAUACCUACUUAGAUGUAUGCUUAAAUUCUGAAGCUGCACUGAUCAAUACUUUUAUAUCAGCAAUAAAUGUAUUGUGAAAGUAGAUGCUAAUCAAGACAAACCCACAAAGAAAUAAAAGCAACUGUCGUUCCCCUUGAA